CAUCGCACGCAGCCGCGCGUCCUCAUGGUGCUGUGUCAGCGCGGCGAGGCUGCUGCCGCCGCCGUCUCGGCUGCCGGCGGGAAGAAGCCGGAGGUGCCGCUGAGCCAAGAGGACGAUGCGGAGCCGGGGCAGCUGCAGCUGUGCUCGGCGCCCGGCGUGGAGGCGGCGGGCGCUGAGGAAACCCGCGUUUGUGGCUGCUGCUCGGGUUUGUCCUGGCCGCGCUGCUGCAACGCACCCGGAACAAAGAAGAAAGCCACCUGUCCAGGACUUGGUCUGUUUUAUACUGUACUGUCUGCCUUCUUUUUCUCGGUGACCGCUUUACUUCUAAAAAAAAUAGAAGAUGUGCAUGCUGUGGAAGUGAGUGCAUUUCGAUGUGUUUUCCAAAUGGCAUUUGUUCUUCCUGGUUUAAUAUACUACAAAACAGGGUUUUUGGGACCAAAAGGUAAAAGAAUCUUUCUUUUCUUCCGAGGAUUCUUUGGCUCUAGUGCAAUGGUUCUUCUCUACUAUGCUUUCCAAGUAAUGCCUCUAGCUGAUGUCACUGUUCUAACUUUUAGCAGUCCUGUUUUCACAUCAUUGCUGGCUUGGAUCUUUCUCAAAGAGAAAUACAGUAUUUGGGAUCUUCUGUUUACCCUCUUUGCAAUCGCUGGAGUGGUCCUUAUUGCCAGACCACCAUUUCUUUUUGGGUCGAGCGUUACAGGGAUUGAAGGAGAUUACACAGAUCAUCUUAAAGGAACUAUAGCAGCAAUUGCAAGUGCAGUAUCUGCAGCUUUGACUUUUGUUAUACUACGAAAGGUGGGAAAAUCUGUGCAUUAUUUUUUAUCCAUUUGGUAUUAUGCAGUAAUUGGUUUAACUGGAUGUGUUAUAACAUUGUCUCUUACGAACGAAUGGAGUUUACCACAUUGUGGUAAAGAUAGAGUUCUUCUAAUAUUAAUAGCUGUUCUAGGGUUAGGGGGUCAGAUAUUUCUCACAAAAGCAUUACAGAUAGAGAAGGCUGGACCUGUUGCCAUAAUGAAAACGAUGGAUGUGGUGUUUGCUUUCAUUUUACAGAUUCUUUUUCUUAAUCACUUACCAACUUGGUGGACUGUGGGUGGUGCCCUUUGUGUAAUAGCUAGCAGUUCUGGAACUGCCAUUCGUAAGUGGCAACAAAGCUCGAAAAAAGCUAAAGAAAAUGAAAUCUAA